AUGCAGUGGUGCUUGCCUCCGCCUCGGGACGACUACCGUGAUAAGGAGUUCAUUCAGAUCGAACGGGGCCCAUUAGCCCUUCACCAGGCCUUCAUUCAAAUCCUCUCUGCCGAUCCAACGGCUCUCCGAACCGGAGGCCUGGACGUCCGGUUCACAGGCGAGGGCGGGGCCGCAGGUCCGGGAGUGCUUCGGGAGUUCUUCGCCUUCGUUCGGGCACACCUCUUCGACCCGAACCUGGGCCUCUUCUCUCCCGUACCUCACGACCCGAGCCGGUUCUCCCUCUCGCUUGCCUCCCGAGCCAACCCUGCCGAAGCUAAGGAGUACCUUCGGUUUGCCGGAUGUAUCCUGGCCCUUGCGUUGGCACAUCAGGUCCCGUUGGGAGUGAAGCUGUCCCAGUCGCUGUUCGCGCUGCUUGCUGCUCGCACACCCUCUCUUGCUGAUGCUGCUGAUGAUGAUCCGCAGUUGGUGUCUAGCUGUCGGUCUUUGCUGGCCAUGGCUGAAAGGGAGAGGGAAGAAGCAGCACAGGGAGGAGGACGAGAAGGAGGAAGAGAAAGAGAAGAUGAAGGAGGAAGAGAAGGAGGAAGAGAAGGCGGAGGAGGGGUGGAGUCACUGUGUCUCACCUUUGUGGCAUCUGUAGAGGAUCCGAUGGGGGGCCGGCCAAUCGAAGCAGAGCUCGUGCCAGGUGGCAGUGAGCGAGUGGUCCAUGCAGCUGACGUGGCGGAGUUUGUGCAGCGGCUGGUGCAGUUCCGGGUGUGUGGGGUGGUGGAGGAGGAGGGAGAGGCGCUGCGGCGAGGCAUGGAGGAUAUACUGGGAAGCGGUGGAGGAGGGUGGGAUGUGGUACCAGGAGAGGGGGAUGUGGUGGAAGGAAGGGAAGGGAUGGAGAGGAAAGGGAGGAUGGACGCAAGUGUAGGGGGUCAGGGAUGGCUGGGAAGUGGUGUUGGAAGAUGGGAGGAGGUGAUGGAAGGAGAUGGUAGGCGGCAGACGUUAAUCCAGAAAAAUGAUGAUUGUUGCAUUGAUUCAGUUGAAGGUGUGAGUCUCGCUGCCAUGCUCGCUCCCCUUUCAUGCGACGACCUCAAUCUGCUUCUCCACGGGGAGGAUCGCCACGUGGCAGUGUCUGAUUGGCAGGCGCACACGGUCUACCACGGGUAUUGUUCGGAAGAUCCCCAAGUUUUGUGGUUUUGGGAAGUUGUGGAGUCGCUUUCGGGUGAGCAGAGGAAAUUGCUGCUGUUUUUUGCGACGGCUGUUUCAAAUCUGCCCGCGAAUGGAUUUAAGGGGCUCGCGAUGGGGUUUCAUCUGCACCGGGCAGAUGUGGAUCUUUCGCGCCUGCCCACGGCGCACACGUGCUUUCACCAGCUUCUGCUACCCCCAUACGAGAGCAUAGAGAUGAUGCGUACGCGUUUGCUCACUCUCGUGAGCUCGUCAUAUAUUGUUCAUAGCUUUGGAUUUGCAUGA